ACUUAGUCAACUAAAAGCAUCAAAAAAUUCAUUCAUGACGAGCCACGAGGAGUUCUUGUAGAGAAAAAAUAAACCACAAAAGAGAUAUGGCCUCUCUAGCUCUCUCCCCCGGCCACUACAAUCCUAAGGACAAGCAGCAGCAGCAAAGACGAUCAGCGACUCUCUCAAGACUACUAGCAACAGCUUCUGUUCAUCCACCUAGCAGUAAAAUGGCAGGUGGGAGUAGCGAGGCCUCCUUUAGAGAGACACUGAGAGAAGCAGAGAAAGAACAGCUUGACUUCACUCGCGUGAGAAGGAUACAGACACUGAGAUACGUAGCGAAGGAGCAGAGACCAACAAGAAGUAGAGCCAAGUCUAAAAGCUUACACGGAUCUUAUCAAGGGAAGAACCGCCAUCCCUUGAAGACCUACAGCAAAGAAGAAGGGAACAUGCCCCAGCCAGAGAAAGAGGAUGAGACAGAGAUACAAGAGAUAUCAAUGCAACUAAGAGCCUCCUUUAGUUCAGGCUCCUCAUCAUCUUGUGACAACAGUCAGGGAGAGGAGGAGGGAGAGGAGGGCAAGGAAGAAACCGAGAAAGAGCAGACCCCGAUCUCCCUUUGCUCCAAGUGCCAAGGUUUCAUUAAUCGCAAAGACGAUGCCUUCAUUUUAUUCGGCGAAGACAAGCUCCAUCUUGAUUGCUUCAAGUGUGGCCAGUGUAGCCAACCCGUUGGCUCCAUGGAGAUGUUUCUUGUCAACGUCCAUGGACAGCCACUGUGUCUUGUUUGUACCCCAUCUUGUCACACCUGCCGGAAUAAGAUCCUUCAGAAUCAUGUCUCCGUCCUUAAAAAGGACUUUCAUGAGGAUUGUUUGGCGUGUUCUCAGUGUAAACAGAAAUUUUCUCUUCUCACUAAAGUCUAUGCCAGUCAGGGCGAGCCGUGUUGUUCAAAGUGUAUUUCGCCGGUUUUCAGUGAGAAAUGGAGUCCCUUGAGAUUCCGUAGCACCUCCCUUCCGCCUGUGACCUCUAAACUAGUAACCACUGACCCACCGUACUCACCUGUGUCUCAGGAGAACGGCCGAGCUAAUGGUAAGAUGUCUUCGUUGAUCCUUUCACCUUCUCCUUCGACAGACAGUGGAGUGAGUGAGGCCACUAGUAAUGAUGGAAUGGCUGCCACUGAUGAGGCUACUCCUCCUCCUGCUCACCAUCAGUUAAUAGUAUCAGCUGCUGCCAAACCACCUGUAGAAGUUGUGACACUAAAUCCUAAACUGGAGUCUCUCACACGAUCCAUCACUUUAUAUUCAUCAGCAAGUCAACCGGCGAUUAGACCAUCAUAUUCUGAGCCUAAUCUAAAUCAUGAUCCUUCCAAUGUUCUUUCUUCUCUUCGGUCACUACUGUUCGAUGAAAAUGGAGUUACUCUGUUUGUCAACUAUUGUGUUGCUAAUGAUAUCAUUGAAUACAUCGUCUUUUGGUUGGACGUUGAGCACUUCAAACACUUUGACGGAAGCAACGAAGAUUUAAAAAUAUUUGCUCACCACAUAGUUACUAAAUACAUUGGGUAUUACGCUGAAGUACCUGUUCCUCUACCGAGAGACAUUCAAAGGGACAUAUUUAAUAAGAUAGAGUCAACUCCUUCUCAAGAGUUAUUCAAUGAUGCCCAGUUGCACGUUUAUACGCAAAUGGAGAGAGAGUUCUUGAGUGGGUUCUUAAAGAGUCAAGAUGGCGAGAAUUAUUUGAAAAUGUUAGCUGACAGAGAGCUCCAUAAACUAAAGCAACUGUGUUCAUCAGACGAAGAUCUCUCUGGAGCUUCUCUUCAUGCAACGAUUACUAACUUUGAUAAGAGAAGACUUGAUACUAAAUUUUAUAUUUAUGAAGUUGAAGUUCAAAGAGGAAGCAACAAGUAUCACAUUUAUAGAAGGUAAAGUAAAUAUACUCUCCAUUUUAAUAAUUAC